UGUCCCGCGUUAUGCAUGGACUUGAAGGAGCAAAGUCAUUUUCAGCUUUUAAAAAUUAUAGCCCUCUACUAAAACCACCACACUUAACUAAUCAAUCAGUUUCGGCUUUGUAAAAAUUAUGGUGGGUUGCUUUGAUCGCUUGCCCUCUCAUCCAGAAGAAGUCUCAAGCAAUAUGAAGUGGUUGGAGAAGAGGAACACUGGAGUUCCUGGCGUUUCCAGAAUUACAUGUAGCUUGCUUAUGUUUAUGUUGUUAAGGUGCACGGUUGAAGUCCAAGCUGAAUCUUGUAGUCUCCCACUCCCAUACGAAGAAGUGCAAGCUCUACGGGAAAUUGCAGGACAAGUGGGAAAAAAAGACUGGAAUUUCAGUGUAGAUCCUUGCAGCAAUCACUUAAGCUGGCAGACACCAAAAUCUAACCUCAUGCCAUCGUACAACAAUAGUCUCAUAUGCAAUUCCACUGGCCUAGAUGGUGUAUGCCAUGUUGUGAAACUAUUUCUCAAGGGGCAAGAUCUUCAGGGUGUGCUUCCAGCAUCAAUUGUGAAGUUGCCUUUCCUUCAGACACUUGAUCUGACGCGUAAUUACCUCAGUGGGAAUAUACCACCAGAAUGGGCUUCCACAAAGCUGGAAUAUCUGUCCAUCACAGUGAACCGCUUAACAGGACGCAUUCCAAGUUACUUGGGAAACAUCACCUCUCUCGUAUACUUGAGCUUAGAGAACAACCUUUUUUAUGGAACUGUUCCUCCAGAGCUUGGAAAUUUGGUUAAUUUGGUGAAUCUCAUUCUUAAUGCCAACAAUCUCAGUGGAGAGUUACCUCGGGCACUCACUAAAAUCAGCAAAUUAACUGAACUUAGGAUCAGCAGUAACAAUUUCAGUGGAAAAAUACCCAGUUUUAUUCAGAGUUGGAAACGACUUGAAAUGCUAGCAAUCCAAGGCAGUGGUCUUGAAGGGCCCAUUCCAUCUAGCAUUUCUGUCUUGACUAAUUUAACUCAACUGAGGAUUAGUGACUUAGGUGGGGGAGGUUCUAAGUUUCCAGACUUAAGAAACAUGACAAACCUGAAGUAUUUGUUAUUGAGCAACUGCAAUAUAUCUGGAAAUUUCCCCGAGUACAUAAAACAUAUGAAAAAUCUGAAAGACUUGGAUCUCAGUUUCAACAGAUUGACUGGAAAUCUCUCAACAGACUUUCAAGGUUUAGAAAGCUUGGAGAGCAUGUAUCUGACGAGCAACUUUCUAACUGGACCAAUCCCCAAGUGGAUCCUCGAGAGAAAUCAUAGAUAUGCAAUAGAUUUCUCCUACAAUAAUUUUUCUGAAACUUCUGUCCCAUCUACAUGUCCAGCCACAGUGAAUUUGUUCAAAAGCUCUUCCAGAGGGAAAAAAUUAAUGGCUGAAGAGUGCCUGACCAACUUUCCUUGUUCAAAAGAGCAUUAUUCAUUGCACAUAAACUGUGGUGGAGGAGCAACUACCAUUGGAGACAUCAGCUAUGAUGGAGAUGAAGAACCCGGAGAGGCAGCAAGAUAUGCUCCCACAAAAGAAAAUUGGGGAGUUAGCACCACAGGACAUUUUUGGGAUGUGCAAAAUGCUUCCUUACUUGCAUACACAGCAGAAAAUAUAUCCACAUUAAGAAUGCCAAACUCUGAAAUAUACAGAAAAGCACGUCUAUCUCCCCUCUCUCUCACAUAUUAUGCACGCUGUUUAACUAAUGGGAAUUACAAUGUGAAGCUUCACUUUGCUGAGAUAGUAAUCAGAGAUAAUAGAUCCUUCCACAGUCUGGGAAGACGGAUAUUUGAUGUUUAUAUUCAGGAUGAGCUCGUGUUGAAGGAUUUUGAAAUAAAAAAGGAAGCACAUGGGGUAGACAAAGAAGUAAUUAAACCAUUUAAAGCAGUCGUUAAAGAUGGAACUUUAGACAUUCGCUUUCAUUGGGCUGGUAAAGGAACAACAACAGCUCCAGUUAAAGGAGUAUACGGUCCUCUCAUAUCUGCCAUUGAUGUGGUAUCAGAAUCCAAGCCUCCUAAUGAGAGAAAGAAGAAGCUCAUUGUGGCUGGUGCAGUAGUUCUGCCAUUGCUCCUCAUUUUCAUUGUAGUGGCCAUUCUUUGGUGGAAAGGUUGUAUAGGAGGCAGGAUACUAAGGGAAAAAGAUCUUAGAGGGUUGGAUCUGCGAACUGGCUCUUUCACUUUGAGACAACUAAGAGCUGCUACUAAAAAUUUUAGUUCUGAAAACAAGAUUGGAGAAGGUGGUUUUGGAUCUGUGUACAAGGGUGAAUUAUUGGAUGGUACCUUCAUAGCUGUGAAGCAGCUAUCUUCCAAAUCCAGGCAAGGAAACCGUGAAUUUGUGACUGAAAUAGGCAUGAUAUCUGGUUUACAGCACCCAAAUCUUGUAAAGCUUUAUGGAUGUUGUAUUGAAGGAAAUCAGUUACUGCUGGUUUAUGAGUAUUUGGAAAACAAUAACCUUGCACGUGCUCUCUUUGGUUCAGAAACAAGUGUUCUAACAUUGGAUUGGGCAACAAGACAAAAGAUUUGUGUUGGAAUAGCCAGAGGUUUAGCAUUUCUCCAUGAAGAAUCAACACUCAGGAUCGUCCACAGAGACAUCAAAGCAACAAAUGUUCUGCUUGACAGGGACCUAAAUGCCAAGAUAUCAGAUUUUGGGCUGGCUAAGCUCUGUGAGGAGGAAAAUACUCACAUUAGCACCAGAAUUGCAGGAACUGUAGGAUAUAUGGCUCCAGAAUAUGCAUUAUGGGGAUACCUAACAGAGAAAGCAGAUGUUUACAGUUUUGGUGUUGUUGCUCUGGAAAUAGUCAGUGGAAGGAAUAAUGCCAAUUACAGACCAGAAAAUGAAGCUGUUUGUCUUCUUGAUUGGGCCUUUAUUUUACAACAGAAAGGAAACUUAAUGGAGAUAGUGGACCCAAGGUUGAAGUCUGAAUUCAAUGUAGAAGAGGCUGAAAGAAUGAUUAAAGUGGCUCUUUUAUGCGCCAAUGCAUCACCAACACUAAGGCCUAUAAUGUCAGUUGCUCUGAGUAUGCUUGAAGGGAAAACAACUAUUGAUGAGGAAGUGACGUCAGAUCCUGGCAUUUAUGCUGAAGACAUGAGAUUUAAACCCUUGAAGAGCCAUUACCAGCAGAUGCAACGCCUGAGUUCAAGUAGAAGCCAAGAACCAAUUUUUUCAUCAGAUAACACAUGGGCUGGAUCUUCAACUACUGCAUCUGGUUAUGAUCUCUACCCGAUCGAUCAUGAUUCCAUGAAUUUAAACGUCAGUGAAACUUCGUCUCUUACACGCUAGUGUUGCUUCUAACAAGCAAGGUAAUUGCAAAACUUUAUAAUAAUAUUGUAGUGUCUGUAAUAACCGAAAUUCCAUUAUGUUUCAACUCUGAUCGGUAACAUAUACAGGGACUCUGCAAACACAAAUGUCUUCUUAUCAAAUUCCAUUAGAAUUUUACAGCAAAAGUAUUUAUUAAAUGGCAUGGAUGAAGUGGAAAUUUAUUUAUUUUUCUAUUC